CAGUGCUGCAUCGCGAUCGUACAUCCUCUGCCUCUCAUAAAAAAAUUUACAUCAGACAAAAAAAAAUCAGAAGCAGGAGAUUUUUCCUCCGAAGGCUUUCUGGGAAGGGAUCUUUUCCCUUGACCGACCAGAAAGCAAACAUUCAGGGCGUACGCGUUUCGGUGUAGUCCAGUACCCGUGAUAAAGUUAGUUCGUCGUAUCGUGUGAUUUAUGAAACCUGAAAGAAAAUCAAAAUCUGCAUCGAGCAAAAAAUCGAUAACGGGACGACACGGGUGGCCAAACGACGGUCUGGUCGGGACUUCGAACAACGUUGCAACAAGACACAAAUUUUCCUAUCAUAUAGGACCGAAUCUAGACCAAAUUUUUCUAGUUGUUAGUGUAGAUUUGAAAAUUAAUUCUUUACGGAGAACUUUUGAAAAAUCCGUCAAAGCCGCCAGACGGGCGUAACAAAGUGCUUGCUCCUGUAGGAAAAAACACGACUGAGCAACAAAAAAGAAAUAAUAAAAACCGCAAAUAAUUAGAAAAUAGGUCAAAGUUUUCAAUUGAAAUUGGAUUAAAUCAGUAUUUUGUCUAAAAUUGUGGUUCGCUGAACCACCAAACCAAUAAGUAUUAAUCGGAAUUCAAAGAAUUCUAAAGUGCGAACAUAGUCAACUAAAUUCGGACGUCUGCGAAAGUUUCCAGCCUACUGAAUUCUACCGCAAAUUGUAAUCGUCGUCGUUGUCGUCGCCGUCGGGUCAAAGAGGCUGCAACUUUAAAGCAUCUCCCGUCGCGUCGAAACCACAGAUAAAUCCAAUGAAACCAAGUUUUAAAAACGGAAAAUUUGCUACAUCAAUUUAUGAAAAAUGUCUCUGCCAAAAGAGUGGAAUCUCCAGGCAUCGCAGGUCUGUCUCGAUCAACCCAUCAGACCCCAGAGUCUCAUAUCGGACGACAUUGAGAUACAGCCAAAGUACGAGAACAAGUUCCUCCACGCCGUGUACCACCCAUCGAUGCCGGAUCACUGUCGGGCCCCGCUCAACGCAGCCCUGCUGGCCGAGUGCGACAACAGCGGUUCGCUGUACUCGAUCCAGUCGGCACCGGUUGUCCCGUCAACCGGUGACACCGCCAUCAAUGGGGCCAUGUCCGGUACGCUGCUGCCGAUCGACCCCAUGGGAGCGGACGCCAUCCUGGACCGGCAGCGGGAUUCCUACCCGGGAGCUACCGGCCCACUCAUUAGUCCGCUUCAUUCCGGCAGCAUUCCUCGGGAAGAUCCUCGCACGGACACCUUGCUGCGACCGUCUUCGUUGGCCUUCGACACUGGCUACCACGUUGCCAAACCUCUUGCUGAGCCCCAGUUGUCUGCCGACUUGGACGAAGACGACAAUGAAAACCUUUUGACUGUUUCGAGUUUAACCGCCAGGCCGCUGAUUGCAAAGUCUCGUGAACUAAGAAGCAAAAAGGAGGUUAAGAUCAAGCGUAGAAGAAAGGUCAUCACCGAAAUUAGUAGCGAAGACGACGACGAAGGACCUCCAGAUGGAGGCUACGGAUGGGUUAUCGUAUUUGGAGCAUUCUCCGUUCAGUUUUGGGUUGCAGGCCUGGUCAAAUCGUACGGAGUACUCUACGUAGAAAUCUUAGAAAAUUUUCCCAACUCAUCGGCAACCACGGCUUCGUGGAUUCCGGCUAUUUUAUCCGCUUUGUGCUUAGUUUUAGCCCCGGUGUCUAGUGCUUUGUGUCAACGUUUCUCGCCGCGUAUCGUCGUAAUUAUUGGUGGGGUCUUCUGUGCCCUUGGGCUCACGUUGAGUUUUUUCGCCACAAGUCUGUACCAUUUGCUGCUCACCUUUGGAAUACUCACCGGAAUCGGCGGUGGAUUGUCCACCACGCCCGGUAUUGUCAUCGUUUCGCAGUACUUCGAGAAACGACGGGCUUUGGCCAAUGGAAUUACCAUUUCCGGCACGGCGGCCGGAAGUUUCAUAUUUCCGAUGCUGAUCGAGCGACUGAUUCAGUUGUUCGGUUUCCAUGGAACCAUCCUUAUCUUGGGUGGCUGCAUGCUGCACGUGUGCGUGUCCGGAGCGCUUUACCGCCCGGUAGACGAUGGGGCUCAGAAAAAGCCUAACCAGCGGGAAAUCACGCCGUAUGCGACGCGCAUGGAUUUCAAGGACAACCUUGGCCACCUUAGCUCAUCGGAGGAUCACCUGAGCCGACGAUGUCUGGAGGACUUAUUUUUGGACGAAACAAUUCGUGCCGACAAGAACCGCAACAGUUUAAACUUUGACGGCAAGUUUGUAAAUGUAACGGAAAAAACGCUCCAAGAGAGUGAGGACGAACUGAAAGAUAUCAUAUCGAAUGCGAUCUUUCUCAAGCCCAUUGCCUCGAUCAAAAGCUGCAGCAUUCUGCACUCGGUUGAAGAUCUUAGCACCGAUUCUACCUUCGUCUACAAGAACCGCGGCAGCGGCUACGACUCACAGCGGAACAGCAAACGCUUCAAGCAGCGCAACGAGGAAAUGUACAACCGGAUCCACCAGCAGAAACAUCAGCAACAGGACACCCUACCACCAAAGACGGAUCAGCAACAACAACAACCACCGCAACCAAUGGGACUGACAGCAGUGCAGGACACGAGCAACGUGGAUUUGACGGAGAAGACCAACAAACCGGAAUGGAUGAUCGGGGGUGAUGCCAUCGGUAACAACAAUAGCAACAACAACAACUGCCAGCUAUCGCAGAACAGGGGACUGAGCAAAAGCAUGAUCAUUCCUACACCGGCCCGAGAUUUGUCCAACAUCUUUGACGAUGAGUACGAAGAAUACAGUGAAGGAUUGCUAGAUAAAGUUAGUCAGUACCUGGACAUAUCACUUUUAAAGGAUGUCACGUUCAUUUUAAUGUGCCUGUCUGUGACGUUGAUGUCGGUCGGGUGUCCCUACAUGCUGUACUAUCUGCCGGCUUAUGCUAUUUCUACAGGCUACACGAAAACGGAGGCGGGUUAUCUGGUAGCGGUCAGCGCAGCACUGGAUUUGAUUGGCCGUUUAGCUCUAGGAUAUUUAUCUGAUUUGGAUCUGUUCGACCGAAAGAAGGCUUAUAUUGUUUGUAUACUGGGAGCCGGCACGGCCGUGCUGACGAUCCCCACGAGCGACACGUGGGUCGUGAUCGUGUGCAGUGCCGGAUGCUACGGACUGUGCCUGGGAAGCUGGUACCUACUGAUGCCGGUGCUGCUGGCCGACUUGUUCGGGACGGACAGGAUCAGCUCGAGCUACGGGCUGGUCCGGAUGUUUCAGAGUAUUGGUGCUAUCUCGGUGCCACCACUAGCAGGUCUUCUGCGGGACUUGUCCGGUGGCUACGAGAUCUGUUUCUACUGUAUGGGUGUGUGCAUGGUGCUCGGGAGUAUCCCGUUGAUUGUGGUCAUUAUCAAGGACACGCUAGCCCUCGUUGACAAGAAGCUCACGAUGGAUCGGGUCGCCUAAAUGGGAUAUGGCCAUGACUACGCGCAACACCGGAUUUUGGAUGGAUGAAACUACGAAUGCGAGAUAAGUAUACACAUAUAUAUUAUUAAUAAGGUAUGAGAUGCCCGAGUUAUCUUUUAGUAUUUCGAAAGACAAAUAACACACGAAUAAAGGAAAACAAGACCCUACCUAGCUAAAAAAAAUAUUCGAUUGUAACAUUUUUGGUUAUUUCUUUUCUAUAUGAGAGUGGAAACUCUAAACCGACAAAUAAGACGAAGGUUCUACAAAACCAAGUACGUGUAAGCGCGAUUAUCGCGCACCUGACUUAAGAAGCACUCUAUUUUUAAGCGCAUCUAGGUCCUAAGAAAUUGAGGAAAAUAAAAGACUAGCGGUAACCGAAUUUGAAG